AUGCUCAUGGAACGAACCAAGCGGCUCAUCUCUAUCGAGGAGCUCGACGACAGCGAGAGCAUCUUUGCAGCCCCGAACGCUCGUCGGACCUCGAUCUUUACCAAGAGUAGUUGGCCCUACCCGUGGAAGCAACCGCCCGCGAUACGCGACGAACGGGACCGCGUCGCCGCGCUGCGUCAGUUUGACGUGCUCGACACGCCGCCCGAGCGCGUCUUUGAAGUCAUCUGCGAGCUCGCGACGAGCGUGCUCCAGUGUCCGAUCGCAGGCGUCACCUUUCUCGAUACCGACCGGCAGUGGUUCAAGGCCCGCCGGGGCUGGAUCGAAGCCGAGAUCCAUCGCGACAUUGCCUUUUGCGCCCACACGGUGGCGUGCGCCGAGCCCAUGGUCGUGCUGGACGCGAGCCGCGACCCCAAGUUUGCGCUCAACCCGCUCGUGCUCGGGCCCACCGGCGUCCGUUUCUACGCCGGCGCUCCGAUUACGACCGCGACCGGACACGCGAUUGGCACCGUGUGCGUCUAUGACACACGCCCGCACGACUCUGUCGACAUGGCGACGCUCGAAAAGCUCGCGAGCGUCGCGCUCCUCCACCUCGAAGACCGACUGCGCGCGCCAGUGGCGACCGAGGUCCACGAUAACACCGUGGGUGUCUUUGAGGGACCUGUGCUCUCGAUGACCGAGCUCUUGCGCUUGCGUGACUGCGUCCCAAAAGCCGAGUGCAGUCGCUGCAGUCGUUGCCACCGCGGGUUUACCUUGUUUCGCCACAAGAAGCAUUGCCGUGCGUGCGGCGAAGUCUUUUGCAGCUUUUGUGCGCUCUCGACGCGCGCCAAGCAGCGCCGGGGACCGGGUGUCUUCAAGAUCCACGUGUGCCUGACGUGCAUCAACAUUGGCACGGUCCUGGGCCAUUUCCGGCUCUGCCGCACCGUGCGCAGCUCGCUCCACGGACGCGACGACGGCGCCGACGGGCUGUUGACGCCAAAAGAACUCGAGCAGAUCCAGCGUCUCGAAGACAAAGACACGCUGUCGCCCACCCGGCUCAUGCCGACGAGCGACUGCAUUCCGUUUGACGAGCGCGGGUGCUGCCACGUAUGCAGCCGCCACUUCAACCUGUUUCGACCCAAGCACUCGUGCCGCGUGUGCGGUGACGUGGUCUGCAGCCAUUGCUCCAUGAAGAAGCUUGCGAUCGUCCAUGGCAGCAGCGAGAGCGAGAUGGAACCUGUGACCGUGUGCGUCGAGUGCAACGUGACGCUGACCAACACGGCGCUUCGGGACGACGCUAUGCCGCUGGCGUUGAUGUCCGAUUUUGAAGCGUACAACAACAGCCGCCGCGAACGCAACUCGAUGAAGAAUGCACUUGACACAGUGAAGACCCUCCUCGUCUCGGCCGACGAGCGCGCACUGUCGGCGGGGCGGUCGUCGCUGGCACACAAGCCGGACGAGUUGUCUGCAACCGUGGCGUAG